AAUUGUCCCUUUCCUUUGCGACAUCUCCCUAGGACUUCUUGGAGGUACUACCACUGCUGCACGCCAAGUAUCAGCAACGACAAGACACGCUCAUCGCCUUGAGCAAUGGACAACGAGGACUCAGCAACGUCGACGGGGACGGCCAUCUCCGCGGCUAUUGACGAGAAGCAUGAGUUGCAUGCGGAAGAGGCCAGGCCGCCCACGGCUGGUCUCAGUGAUCAAGAGAAGGAUAUUAUCGACAAACAACUAACAGCACCUAACCUCACAGUUGGAUAUUUCUCACUGUUUCGAUAUGCCACUGCGAAGGACAAGCUCGUCAUGGUCGUGGCGUUGAUCGCCAGUAUUGCGGCUGGAGCUGUUAUGCCCCUCAUGACUCUUGUGUACGGUAAUUUCGCUGGCAGCUUUACCAGCUUUUCAGUCGACGCUGUCGCUGCUGCCAAGUUCCAGCAUCAGAUCAACACGUAUACUCUGUAUUUUGUAUACCUUGGAAUUGGGUCGUUUACCACUUCGUAUAUCAGUAUCUUGGGAUUCUCCUAUACUGGAGAACGCAUCACACGAGCGAUUCGAGAGCUUUACCUACGUGCCAUUUUCAGACAGAACAUCGCCUUCUUCGACUUUCUUGGAUCCGGCGAAAUCACCACUCGCAUUAGCUCCGACAUGAACUUGGUGCAAGACGGUAUCGGUCAGAAGAUCGGUCUCUUCGUGACCGGAGUGUCCAUGUUCGUGACUGCCAUCAUCAUCGGUUUUAUACGAUCGUGGAAGCUUUCCCUCAUCAUGUUGGCGGCAACAGUAGCACUUAUUAUGAUGAUGGGUGUCAAUGGCACCUUGAUGAAAAAGGCUCAGACACUUUCCAUCGACGAAUAUGCCACAGCAGCCUCCCUUGCUGAGGAAGUCUUAUCUUCAGCUCGCAACGUUGCUGCAUACGGCACUCAAAAGCGACUCGAGGAGAAGUACAAAGCCUUUGUGGACCGCGCAACUGUACAUGACUUCAAGGCCAAGUUUUGGCUAUCCAUGAUGAUCGCUGGUAUGAUGGGUGUGCUGAACCUCCAGUAUGGUCUUGCAUUCUGGCAAGGAAAAAGAUUCCUCGACGACGGGGAACUUGGCGUUUCCAACAUCCUUACCGUUGUCAUGGCACUCAUGAUUGCUGGCUUUUCCAUCGGACAGAACCUACCGCAUCUCCAGGCUUUCGGUGGAGCUACUGCAGCCGCUACCAAGGUUUUCAACACGAUCGAACGAAUUUCCCCCAUCGACCCGGAAACAGAUGAAGGCAUUGUGCCAGACGACUUUGUUGGUAACCUUGAGUUCAGGAAUUUGAAGCAUGUCUACCCAUCUCGACCAGACACUACAGUGCUAUCGGACUUCAACCUGGACGUACCAUCGGGCAGGAUGAUCGCGCUUGUCGGUGCAUCUGGAUCUGGAAAGUCGACCAUUGUUGGACUGUUGGAGCGCUUCUACCUCCCGAUGGAGGGUCAAAUUUUCCUGGACGGCAGAGAUAUCACAACUUUGAACCUGCGCUGGUUAAGGCAACAUAUGGCCAUUGUGAGCCAGGAACCCGUCUUGUUCAGUACCACAAUCUAUGAAAGCAUUUUGCAUGGUUUGGUCAACACAGAGUAUGCAGAUGUAUCGGAUGACAAGAAGAUGGAGCUCAUCGAAAAGGCUGCUAAAAUCGCUAACGCUCACGACUUCAUCAUGGACCUUCCAGAAAAGUACCAGACCAAGGUUGGAGAGCGAGGUGGCUUGCUCUCAGGUGGACAAAAACAGCGUGUUGCAAUUGCUCGUGCGAUCGUAUCGGAUCCCAAGAUUCUUCUCCUUGAUGAAGCUACUGCAGCCCUCGAUACCCGAUCCGAGAGCGCAGUCCAGGAGGCUCUUGACCGCGCAUCGCAAGGACGUACUACCAUCGUUAUCGCCCACCGACUCUCGACCAUCAAAAGCGCCGACAACAUCGUGGUUAUGGCCUUGGGCCGAAUUGUCGAGCAAGGCACUCACCAAGAGCUUAUCGACCGCAAAGCUGUAUACGCAAGUUUAGUACAGGCCCAAGAGCUUACCUCUAAGGUCAGCCCUGCCAACAGGAUGACGCUUCUGGACGACCCUGACAGCAAAACGGAAGGCACUGCCAACGAAGAGAAGCUUGCUUUGUUGCGAACCACUACAUCCGCCCCUACAGAGUACCAGGCGAACAAGAAUGAGAAAGAGAAGGAAUACGGUACUUGGGAGUUGAUCAAGUUUGCAUGGGAAAUGAACAGAGGCGAGCACACUACCAUGACUAUUGGACUGGUGUUCAGUUUCCUCGCUGGCUGCAACCCUGCCAUCCAAGCCAUCUUCCUGGGUAACUCCAUCAACUCGCUUCUAUCUCCUGGAACGUCUCUCGGUGGACUCAACGUAAACUUCUGGUGUGGCAUGUUUCUCAUGCUCGGAAUCGUCAUUGGCUCUUUCUACUACGUACAGGGUAUGACUCUGUCAAGAGGAUCGGCCAGGCUUGUUGGUAGCGUGCGAACGCGCGCUUUUGGGGCUAUGCUUCGUCAGGACAUGGAGUUCUUUGACGGAGACACAGUAACUUCUGGCGCGCUCAGCAACUUCCUUUCGUCAGAGGCCAAUCGUCUUGCUGGUCUCAGCGGCUCUACUCUCGGAACGAUUGUCAGCGCUGCUUCUUCCAUUCUUGUCGCCAUUAUCGUCGCAUGCUCCUUUGGUUGGAAGCUGGCGCUCGUGUGCUCUGCGACCAUCCCACUCGUUAUUGGCUGUGGUUACUUCCGCUUUUACGCCCUUACCCGCAUGGAGAAACGAACCAAAGAGACGUCUGAUGCGGCCAGCUUUGCUUGUGAAGCAGCCUCGUCCAUCCGUACUGUGGCCUCACUCUCAUUGGAGAAAUACCUUUUGGGUACUUACCACGUCAAACUUGCGGACCAGGGCAAGGGCUACUUCAAGUUCACAAAUGUGUCAGCGGUGCUCUAUGCAACAUCUCAGGGUCUCAGCAUGUUCAUCUUCGCCCUUGUCUUCUGGUACGGAGGACGUCUAUUGUUCAACCAGGAGUACACUGUCUUGCAGUUCUUCAUAGUCUACUCGUCCAUCAUCAACGGUGCUCAGUCAGCUGGUGCAAUCUUCUCUUUUGCCCCCGACAUGGGCGAAGCUAGGGACGCGGCCAAGCUCUUGAAGUCGUUCCUGAACCGCGUUCCAAAGAUUGACCACUGGUCGCCUGAGGGCAUCAAGAUUGAGAGGUUAAGCGGCAAGGUCGAGCUACAGGACGUACGUUUCACGUACCCCGGCAGACCUGACCAUCGUGUCCUGCGCGGUGUCAGUCUGGCAGCCAAACCAGGUCAGUUCAUUGCACUUGUCGGUGCCUCUGGCAGUGGAAAGUCAACGGUCAUGCAGUUACUUGAAAGGUUCUACGACCCAACAAGUGGUGGCGUGCUCGUCGACGAUGUGGACCUGAAAGACUACAACCUCCAAGACUACCGAUCGCAAUUGGCAAUCGUGAGUCAAGAAACAACUCUCUACACUGGUACAAUUCGCGAAAACAUCCUCGCCGACAAGGAAGACUUGGGCGAUGAGGCGGUGAUACAAGCAUGCAAAGAUGCCAAUAUCUAUGACUUCAUUACAUCGUUGCCUGAUGGGUUCAACACGCUAGUGGGUGCAAAGGGUGCUCUCCUAUCUGGUGGCCAGCGCCAACGUAUAGCGAUCGCCCGCGCCCUCCUCCGUGACCCCAAGGUCUUGCUUCUCGACGAAGCCACAUCAGCACUCGACUCCACAUCCGAACGCGUUGUACAAGCUGCCCUUGACUCCGCAGCACAAGGGCGCACCACCAUCGCGAUUGCGCAUCGUCUGAGUACGAUUCAACACGCUGACGUGAUAUAUGUCUUUGAUCAAGGCAAGAUCGUAGAGAAGGGCAGACAUGACGAACUGGUAGCUAAGAAGGGAGUUUACUUUGAGCUGGCGAAAUUGCAGGCCAUUGGAGCGCCGCAAUAAUUCACAAAAGCGGGAGCUUUUCUGCAUGAAUGGAGUUUGGGUAUAUAUUUGUAAUCAUUUUU